AUUGGAAGCCUUGUCGCCACAAACAGAGACAGAAAAUAACGGGUGGGUGAAUUGUGAGACCCCCGCGCCCCUCCCUCUCGGAAUUAACGGACCGGUUGGCACCGGUGAAGGGUUGCCAUGAGUGAGAUUUGAACCUGUGACUCCAAAGCAGUUGCCCGGACCUUUGCAUUACUGUCCAGCCGCUACACCGCUGUCCCUGUUCAUUUAACUCGCGCAGAAGAUUGUAAUCACCCAGGAGCCACCGAGAAUCCCAGGAAAUCUGGUCACCUGGUUAACGGUCUGAGAAUCCAGAACUGGUGAGCGAUGCUUACGACAAGCAGCAAAGUCUAGAAGAUGAACGAAAAUGUUACAAGCCCGAUGGUUGACAAUGGUUCGAGUGAGGAAAUCCCAGCCUCAAACUCCUGCAGCAAGGAUGAAUCAUACAAGUACGUUUUCCUGCCAGUGUGCUACACCUACACGUGCAUCCUCAGCUUGGCACUCAACUCCAUCAUCCUCUGCAGCAUUCUCAAGCGGCGCAAGGAGUGGAACUGCUCCCUCAUCUACAUGUUCAAUCUCGCUCUGACUGACUUCAUGUAUGGACUGUCACUGCCGUUCCUCAUAGCCAGCUACAUCAUGCAUGAUGUUUGGGUCUUUGGAGACUUCACCUGCCGCCUGGUCCGCUUCCUCUUCUACUUCAACCUCUACUGCAGCAUCUUCUUCCUGACCUGCAUCAGCUUCCACCGCUACCUUGGUAUCUGCCACCCCAUGAAGACCAUCACCAUGGAGACUAAGAAGACAGCCCGGGUGGUCUGCGUGCUGGUGUGGCUGGUGGUCCUGGCCCUCACCUGCCCCAUCUUUCAUUUCGCCAAGACUGCCGCCUUCAACAAUGCCACCAACUGUUGGGACGACGCUCUUGACACCGAGUACCCACACUACGUGCCCUACGGGAUCAUCCUGCACUCAGUUGGCUUUUUCCUGCCCUUUUCCAUCAUCGCUUGGUGCUACUCUCGCGUGAUUAAGACCAUCUUCAAGACCAUCAACAACCAGGAGUUCAAGUCGGCUGUGCCGGGCCUGGAGAAGAGGCGCAAGUCCAUCAAGACCAUCGUGACCAUCACCCUUCUCUUCGCCCUUUGUUUCCUCCCAUUCCAUGUGACCAAGACCAUCUUCCUGGUCAACAAGGCCGUCCCAGACGUGGCCUGUGCCACCAAGAGGGUGGUGACCAUCUGCUACAAGGUCACCAGGCCCUUGGCCAGCUUCAAUGCCUGGCUCAACGCACUACUGUACUUCCUGACCAAGGACAAGUGGCCUCAGAACUGCCUGAAGCCCAAGAAGAACACCGAUGACUCCAAGUCCUCGUGGAACAUUUUCAAACCGUUCAACCACUUGACGCCUCCCUCAUGAGCACCAGGGUGGGUGGUUGGCGCCAACCGGGACUGGGGCGAGGACCAAUGUAGGGAGACCCCAGGGACUUGCACUUGGCCUGGCCCCUGGAUACUUGAGCUCCUAAGCUCUGCUAACUGUCUCUUUGAGCCCAUUGACUCAUCAGGCCUGGCCAUGAAAUAUUUGUUAAAUACAUUAUCGAAAUUAAGCUCACUGGAACUGUUGAGUCCUUCCCCCAAUUUUAUUUCUGAUGUUGUAUCCGCUUCUGUCCUUGGUGAGACAUUGGCGGAUGGUCACUGGAACUGAGUCCGACUGAGGAUCCUUUCCUCGAGGGCGAGCUGGGGUCAAGUGACUGUGCCACCACCAGGUCCCAGAGCCCACCUCGUGGGCUUCUCUGUGGUCCCCGGGGCUGCAGAAAGGAGCCUGCAUUUCUGUAGCGCCUGUCCCCGACCUCGGAACUGCCCAAACUUCACAGCCAAUGAUGUACUUUCUUCUGAACUGCACGGCCGCGCGUGUGUGGCAAUGCUGGAAACAUGAUAGGUGACCUGACUGUGGAAAGCUCCCAUGGACAGCAGUGGUAGAUCAUCUGCUUGCUUUGUGUUUGCGAGAGAUGUUGGGUUAAAGGGUACA